GAGCGUUCCACAAUCCACACUCUUCGAGAGCAACUUGGGGGCGAUGUGUUAAAUGCCACCCCUCCGGCUAGGGGUUCGUCUUUCACGCGAUCCACCGCCAGCAGACGGAAAUUUAAGAGCGGGUUCCGAAAACCCCUAAAAAAGGCUAAAACCCUUCCUCUCGAUCUUGUUCUCCCCGCAGUUCGAGGCAAAGAAAUGGCCACUUCGGUGGUUCUCAGAGCCCUCCGCCGGCGAGAUCUCUCCUCUCCCCUCGGAUCCUUGUCUGGCCAUGCAAAAACAGCGUGGGCUAGUUCCCAUUUGGGUCAUAAAUGGGCAAGUUUGGCUAGACCAUUUAGCUCAAAACCAGCUGGAAAUGAUGUAAUUGGAAUUGAUUUGGGAACUACAAAUUCAUGUGUUGCUAUGAUGGAGGGAAAGAAUCCUAAAGUAAUAGAGAACUCUGAAGGAUCAAGGACCACUCCUUCUGUGGUUGCUUUUAAUCAGAAGGGAGAGAUACUUGUUGGUACUCCAGCAAAACGUCAAGCAGUGACCAACCCAACAAACACACUUUUUGGGACGAAGCGACUGAUAGGACGACGCUUUGAUGACCCUCAGACACAGAAGGAGAUGAAGAUGGUUCCUUACAAAAUUGUCCGAGCUCCCAAUGGAGAUGCAUGGGUGGAAGCAAAUGGACAGCAGUAUUCUCCCAGCCAGAUUGGGGCAUUUGUUCUAACCAAGAUGAAGGAAACUGCUGAAUCUUACCUUGGGAAAUCUGUUUCUAAAGCAGUGAUUACUGUUCCAGCAUAUUUCAAUGAUGCUCAGCGACAGGCUACAAAAGAUGCAGGAAGAAUUGCUGGCCUUGAUGUACAGAGAAUCAUUAAUGAACCCACUGCUGCAGCACUAUCUUAUGGAAUGAAUAACAAGGAGGGCCUGAUUGCCGUUUUUGAUCUUGGAGGGGGAACAUUUGAUAUCUCAAUAUUAGAGAUAUCAAAUGGUGUAUUUGAGGUCAAAGCAACAAAUGGUGACACUUUCUUGGGUGGAGAGGAUUUUGACAAUGCCUUGCUGGAUUUCUUAGUGAGUGAAUUUAAAAGAACCGAGGCAAUAGAUCUCUCAAAGGACAGAUUGGCCCUACAGAGGCUUCGAGAGGCAGCUGAGAAGGCUAAGAUUGAACUUUCAUCGACAUCUCAGACUGAGAUUAAUCUUCCAUUUAUAACAGCCGAUGCAUCAGGAGCAAAGCAUAUGAAUAUCACACUCACAAGAUCAAAGUUUGAAUCGUUGGUGAAUCACUUGAUUGACAGGACAAGAGAACCAUGCAAGAACUGUUUGAAGGAUGCUGGCAUAUCCACCAAGGAAGUUGAUGAGGUUCUUCUGGUAGGUGGGAUGACCAGGGUUCCAAAAGUUCAGGAAACGGUUGCUGAAAUUUUCGCGAAGAAUCCAAGCAAGGGAGUCAAUCCGGAUGAAGCUGUUGCAAUGGGUGCUGCCAUUCAGGGUGGCAUCCUCCGUGGAGAUGUUAAGGAGCUUCUUCUUUUAGAUGUCACUCCCUUGUCACUUGGAAUUGAGACUCUUGGUGGCAUUUUUACAAGAUUGAUCAGCAGGAACACAACCAUUCCCACAAAGAAAAGUCAGGUCUUUUCCACUGCUGCUGACAACCAGACACAAGUGGGUGUCCGUGUGCUUCAAGGAGAGCGUGAAAUGGCUGCAGACAACAAGCUCCUGGGCGAGUUUGAACUUGUGGGCAUCCCACCAGCUCCCAGAGGCAUGCCUCAGAUCGAGGUCACAUUUGACAUUGAUGCCAAUGGAAUUGUGACAGUCUCCGCUAAAGACAAGGCAACUGGAAAAGAGCAGCAGAUCACUAUUCGGUCUUCUGGUGGGCUUUCAGAGGAGGAGAUCCAGAAAAUGGUCAAGGAAGCUGAGCUGCAUGCACAGAAAGACCAGGAGAGGAAAGCAUUGAUCGAUGUCAGGAACACUGCUGAUACUACAAUAUAUAGCAUUGAGAAGAGCUUGGGCGAGUAUAAGGACAAGAUCCCAGCUGAGGUUGCUUCAGAGAUAGAGUCUGCAGUGGCAGACUUGCGCAAAGAAAUGGCAGGAGAUGACAUUAACAACAUAAAGGCAAAACUUGAUGCUGCAAACAAGGCAGUUUCAAAGAUUGGGCAGCACAUGGCUGGAGGCUCCAGUGGAUCGGGUUCAGGUGGUUCUCAGGGUGGUGAUCAGGCUCCAGAGGCAGAGUAUGAGGAGGUGAAGAAGUGAUGCAUGAAAGAAAUAGCGUGAUAUACUUGGGAAAUGCAGCAUCCAUGAGAGGGAGGACAUAGAUGUGAAGAGUUUUAUAUACUGUUUUGUUGUCUAACAAGCAGGUUAAACUGCUGGAAGCCGAUUUUUUUUACCCUUCCCUGUACCGUUUAGCAGUUUUUUUGAGCUAGUGCUACCGAUUAGAUCAGUUAUUUUGCAUAUGGCUGCUGUUGCAAAUUUAUGUUCUAUUGCCCACACUGUUCAUCCAACCUCCUAUGUCAACAAUGAAUUCUAUCUAGUAUUUCUCCUCCAGCUUUGCUGUUGAAUAAAGAAUAGCGCUGGCAAAAUGCUUUGAUAUCA